AGAGAGAGAGAGAUGGGCAUGGGGGCGUGACUGCCGAAUGUGCAACCAGGACAUCCCUGACGAUCCCAUCUAUUAUUGUUCAAUAGGCUGCCUCUUUACCAUCCACAAAUCAUGCUCUUCAACAAUCCAACAAUCUCUUCACCACCACUCCUUCCACCCUCACCACUCUCUCUUCCUCUCCGACCACAUUCAUCCCCACUCUCUUUGCAAUGCUUGUGGCUCACACUCUGUUAACAUGUCUGCAUACACAUGUUUCGACUGUUCCUUUACCCUUCACGUUGUCUGCGCUUCUCUAACCCCGACCACCAAAAUCGUCCAAUCUCAGAUUCAGCUCCAACCCACUCACCCCCAUCCCCUAAUUUCAUGUGAUCUCAACAAGAAUAAGUGUAACUAUACAUAUACUUGCAGUAGUUGCUCUCAACCUUUUGAUGAUGAGCGUUCUGUGGUCUAUGUAUGCCUCGAGUGCAAGGGUUUACUGCACAAAACAUGUGCUCAAUUGCCGAGAAAGAUCGAUCACUCUCUUCACCCCUCUCAUCCUCUCAUCCUCCUCCCUCAGAAACCUCGCUUUUUCGGAUACACUUGCGGGGCUUGUUGCCAGUAUAAAGACAGCUUUAUCUAUUAUUGUUCCGACUGUGAAUUUUACCUUGACAUAGCUUGUGCUUCUCUCAACCCUAACCCUCCUGAAAACAAUGAAUUCGGUCAGAUUCGACGAUUUAGCCAUCCCCAUCCGUUGAUUUUAUGUGAUAACAAACAGAAAUUUGAAAUUUGUUGCUAUGCGUGUCAAUGGUACAUGGAUGUUAGAUGUGCUCUGUCAAAGCCCAAAACCAUGAUGUCUAAAAUUCACCCACACCCUCUUGCUUUGUUUAACAAGCCAAAUUAUGGCAUACUAUGCACUACUUGUCGCCAAUUCUGCGUUACCCCUUUCUUCCGUUGUGUGCUGUGCCAUUUCGAUCUCCAUAUCCAUUGUGUUUCAAUAUUUCCACCUACACUCAAGUACUUCAAUCAUGUCCAUACCCUCACUCUCAACCGUUCUCCAAUUAAAGACUAUCAUGAUGAAGAUGAUGAUGCAGAGUUUUACUGUGACGCUUGCGAAGAAAGAAGAGUGCUGGCCCACCCAACUUAUUAUUGUAAAGAUUGCCACUAUGUUGCUCAUUGUCAUUGCACCGUAUCUGAGUCCAAGGAUUCAGGACCAGCUAAGAGAGUGGCAGAGUUCAUUGCAAGGAAAUCAUUCUUCUGCAAUGAUAAGGAAGCAGGGCAAGAAGUUUGUCUGGCCUCGAGUUUUGCAGAAGAAGAUGAAGAAAAAUAA